AUGUCGGCCACCUUUUCCGGGAGCAAAUCCGGUUCCAAACCCAUUGUCAUUGCCAGAAUUCAGUUCCUUGAAGUUGUAGGACUGAAGCCCCUAUUUUCUAGAAAAGAUGACGCAGAAAGCAGGAGCAGGACCAAAAGAGGAGCAGAAGGAAGGAGAGCAAAGGCUAAGGCAGCCCAGGCCUCAGCGGUAACUGAGGCCGCAGAGACACCUGUGCCAGGUUGCUCUUCAACAAGGAGAGGUGACCAAGGAACAGCCCUCCCACAAGAAGCAGGGCCGGAAGUAGAGGCAAAAGCGGAAGGGGAACCUCACGCCGCUGAUGAGCAGGAGCUACUGGCAGCUGCCAGAGCGCAGGCGCCGCAGGCCGGGCUUGAGGGGUUGUGGGACCUGGACGAGGGCAAAGUCGGGGAUUUCAAGGGGAAAGGGGGUAAAAAGAAGAUCCGUGACGCCAAACGCCUGCUCCUGGAGGCCCCGAGGUGCCAGGUGCACGUGGGCAAAGCGCGGUGGAGAAGAUGCUGCGUGGCCAGGACGGGCUGA